CUCCUUCCGGAGAUAGAGAGGCAGAGCCCAAGUGGAAGCGGACGCGGCGGAAGUGAUGCAGCGCGCUUCCGGCGGGCGUGGGCGGGGCUUCGGAUCUCGUUCCCGGGAUAUCAGCCGGCGGCAUGGACGCAAAGACAUUUGGAGUUGCAACUCCCAGAAAACCUGUUUUGUCUGUCAGUGCAAGAAAAAUUAAGGACAAUGCAGCCGAUUGGCAUAAUUUAAUCCUGAAAUGGGAAUCCCUCAAUGAUGCAGGUUUUGCUACUGCAAACAGUAUUGCCAACCUGAAGAUCAGUUUAUUGAGUAAAGACAAGGUAGAAUUAGAGAGCUGCAGCCCAGCUGCCGAUAAAGAUGAAGAAAAGUCGUAUCCAGGAUAUAAUAAGGAACUUGAGAUGCUGUGUGAGGAACUGCAGGCCACCUUGGAUGGGCUGACCAAAAUACAGGUGAAGAUGGAAAAGCUGACUUCAACCACCAAAGGCAUUUGUGACCUAGAAAAUUACCAUUAUGGAGAGGAGAGCCAACGGCCGCUCCUGUUCCACACGUGGCCCACUGCCGAUUUCUAUGCGGUUUCCCGCAGGCUCUCGGACAUGUACGCGAAGGAGCUGCUCCUGAAGCGCACCAUUGUUGAGGAGCUGGCGCACUCCUCGGACCACGACCUUGCCCUGAGCUACUUGUCAAUGUGGCUGCACCAGCCCUACGUGGAGAACUCCAGCCAGCUGCUUCUGGAAGGCAUGCUGCUUGAAACAGGGCACCGAGCACUGUGACCCCAAAACAGCCUUGCUCAUGAUGGCCACCUGCAGCCACUGGGCCACAUGCUGCUUCUGCAUCUCCCGAAGCGGACAGGCCAGAAUCUCCUUCUCCCAUGCAGGCUGCAGUGCUGUGCCCAUGACUCCUCAGGGUCUUCCUGACUGGCUGUCCCCAGCUCCCGUGGCCUCUGUCCGCAGGCUCGCUGUGCAUCAACUGCCACUGCAAGCCACCCCCAUCUGGGGACACUGCACGCAGCAUCACCUGCACCUCUUGUGAUCUGUCCCAGAGUGCUUCUGAGCAAAUUAAAAGAGUUACUGAGGAGAGUGAGUGAGUUAUCUCGUUUUUGUAAACAGGGUACAUUUUACAUAUUACGUUUGCACAGAAAAUCCCUGGCUUAAUGUUUUUACUUGAUAUGUGUCUGUACUGUUUAAAUUUUUAUAUUAGUUUUAUAGUUAUAACUAAUCUUUAAAAUACUGUGGCAUUAACCAGGAGGAUUGGCAUCGUAGAAAUGAACCUACCUACAAAAAAAUUGCCUCUGAUUAUAUCUUGAGGACAGGACAGGCCAAGCAGAGUAACUCCAGGUUAUCAUUCUGGCACAAAGCUUAUAGUCCAGCACAUUUUUGUAACCACUUCCAUAGUUAACGUUAUUUCGUGAGAAUAAGGGAAAGCAUAACAGUUUUUAAACAGAGACUAAAGAGGCUGGUCAAAUACUAAGAUACCCAAAAGCCUACUUUAAAGUGUGUUCCUUUCUGUGGCAGUGCUCGUUAUAUGGUUUCUUCAUCUGUGCUUGCCUUAUUAGUAAGGCAAACCCAAACCGUGUAAAUUCCUUGGGGCUGUCUACAUAGCAGUAUUUAAUAAAUAACAGUUUUAAAUCACAUUGUUUUAGCUUUUUAUGUUUAGCCAUUAUGUAUACCACUUAUCUAUGUUUAUCAAGCCAAUUUCAACUUCAAUUCACUCAAUAAGGACUUGUAUCUGUAGACUUUAUAGACAGAAGAACCUCAGAAAACUACUACUUCCAA